AUGACCUCGAGUGACGAUAACCAUGAUAGUGCUUCGCGACCACCUACAACAGAAGAGCCCCAGCAAACCUGCAGCCCAGAACCAGCUGAGCCCGUUCUUGACAGGGAAGAAAUGCUGGUAGCUCAUUUAACUCAAAGACUGGACCAAUGUGAUUGGAACCAGCUGCAAGAAAAAUACACCGAUGCUAUGGAUAAGCAUAGUCGUGUUGAGGAAGACCUUCGUGCGCAGACCACCAAACUACUCGGUGCAUUUACAGCAUGGUCCAAGACAGCGGUGCUGCAAGAUGAGCAACGAGCGCUGAAGAGAUUCAAGACACAGAUGCAGCACGUCCACAACUCGGAAGUCAACGUAGAGAAUAAGAAGCAGCAUUACACGGAGGUUGUGAAAGCAUUCCAGAGUGCUCUAGCCUUACUCAAUGAGCAAAUGAGGGCUUGA